GGGCGCUGGCUCCCCCAGCCGGCCUUUAUAACCAGGCCCCGGGAGGCGAGGAGGCAGCCGGCUGCCGUCUGCGAUUCGCUAAAGCAUGCAGUUGGGAGAGCAGCUACUGGUGAGCUCCGUGAACCUGCCGGGCGCGCACUUCUACUCGCUGGAGAGUGCUCGCGGAGGAGGAGGAGGAGGAGGAGGAGGAGGAGGAGGAGGCGGAGGAGGGGGAGGUGGAGGUGGAGGUGGAGGUGGAGGGAGCGUUAGCCUCCUCCCCGGUGCUGCCCCCUCGCCCCAGAGGCUGGACUUAGACAAAGCGUCCAAGAAGUUUCCGGGCAGUCUCCCGUGCCAGGCGGGGAGCGCAGAACCCGCAGGCGCCGGAGCGGGGGCCCCCGCGGCCAUGCUAAGUGACGCGGACGCCGGGGACACCUUCGGCAGCGCCUCGGCUGUGGCCAAGCCCGGGCCCCCGGACGGCCGCAAGGGCUCCCCGUGCGCGGAAGAGGAGCUGCCCUCCGCUGCCACCGCCGCGGCCACCGCGCGCUACUCCAUGGACAGCCUGAGCUCGGAGCGCUACUACCUCCCGUCGCCGGGACCGCAGGGCUCGGAGCUCGCCGCGCCCUGCUCGCUCUUCCAGUACCCGGCGGCGGCCGGAGCGGCCCACGGAUCGGUGUACCCCGCGUCCAAUGGUGCGCGCUACCCCUACGGCUCCAUGCUGCCCCCCGGUGGAUUCCCCGCCGCCGUGUGCCCGCCCGCGAGGUCGCAGUUCGGCCCUGCUACGGGCUCCGGGAGCGGCGCCGGUAGCAGCGGCGGUGGGGCCGGCGGUCCUGGAGGCUAUCCCUACGGCCAGGGCUCUCCGCUCUACGGGCCAUACGCCGGAACCUCAGCAGCCGGGUCUUGCGGAGGACUGGGGGGCCUAGGGGUGCCUGGCUCCGGCUUCCGCGCCCAUGUCUACCUGUGCAACCGGCCCCUAUGGCUCAAAUUCCACCGGCACCAAACUGAGAUGAUCAUCACCAAACAGGGCAGGCGCAUGUUUCCCUUCCUGAGCUUCAACAUAAACGGACUCAAUCCCACCGCCCACUACAAUGUGUUCGUGGAAGUGGUUCUGGCGGACCCUAACCACUGGCGCUUCCAAGGGGGAAAGUGGGUGACGUGCGGCAAAGCGGACAAUAACAUGCAGGGCAAUAAGAUGUAUGUUCACCCAGAAUCUCCCAACACCGGCUCCCACUGGAUGAGGCAGGAGAUUUCCUUUGGGAAGUUGAAACUUACCAACAACAAAGGCGCUAACAACAACAACACACAGAUGAUAGUGUUGCAGUCUUUGCACAAAUACCAACCUCGACUGCACAUCGUGGAAGUCACCGAGGAUGGUGUGGAGGACUUGAAUGAGCCUUCCAAGACCCAGACCUUCACCUUCUCAGAGACGCAGUUCAUCGCCGUGACUGCCUACCAAAACACAGAUAUUACCCAGCUAAAGAUCGACCAUAACCCUUUCGCCAAAGGCUUCCGGGACAACUACGAUUCCAUGUACACCGCCUCAGAAAAUGACAGGUUAACUCCAUCUCCCACGGAUUCUCCUAGAUCCCACCAGAUUGUCCCUGGAGGUCGGUACGGCGUUCAAAACUUCUUCCCGGAGCCCUUUGUCAACACUUUGCCUCAAGCCCGAUAUUAUAACGGUGAGAGAACCGUGCCACAGACCAACGGCCUCCUCUCACCCCAACAGAGCGAAGAGGUGGCCAACCCUCCCCAGCGGUGGCUUGUCACUCCUAUCCAGCAACCUGUGACCAACAAGCUAGACAUCGGUUCCUAUGAAUCUGAGUAUUCAUCCAGUACAUUGCUCCCAUAUGGUAUUAAGUCCUUGCCCCUCCAGACAUCCCACGCCCUGGGGUAUUACCCUGACCCGACCUUCCCUGCGAUGGCAGGGUGGGGAGGCCGAGGCGCUUAUCAGAGGAAGAUGGCAGCCGGACUACCAUGGACACCCAGGAUGAGCCCACCUGUGUUCCCAGAAGAUCAGCUUGCCAAGGAGAAAGUCAAAGAAGAGAUUAGCUCCUCCUGGGUAGAGACUCCCCCCUCCAUCAAGUCUCUAGACUCCAACGACUCCGGGGUGUACAACAGCGCUUGCAAGAGAAAACGCUUGUCACCUACCACCUCCAGCAAUGGAAAUUCGCCCCCCAUAAAGUGCGAGGACAUUAACACUGAGGAGUACAGUAAAGACACCUCGAAAGGCAUGGGGGCGUACUACGCCUUCUACACGACUCCCUAAAGAGUUGUUUUAACCUCUAACGUCUUUCCAGAUGGACCUGGUGGUGUUUCGUUGUUUUCUUUGCCUAGGUUACCAAAAAGACUCUUGCCUUCCACCUUCCGACGUAUCCUGUUUUGUGCAAUUCUCUGAGAGAGGGUGCCAAAGCUUAACCACGGGCCGCAGGUAACGCACUGAAGCAGACCUAGCCGUUGUGUUUUUGUUUUUGUUUUUCUUUGUAAAGACAAAGCUAAUGGAGGACUCUCGGGAGUAUUUUAAAACUCAAAGGUCGUUCAAGGUGCUGGAUUCAUUGACAGGAAACAAGAAACAUUCAGAGAAAGCAGGCUUUGAAGAGAGAGCGCCGGGUGCUAUGAAUUCAGUGAAUUUCAGAAACAAGAAAACAUGGAGAAAAAAAAAAAAAAACGUUGGCUCUCAUUUCUACUCCUCCUAAAUCUUUUAAGAAAACAGCAGCCCGGAGGGUUAAAAUAUUUUUGCUUCAGGAAGAGAAGGGUUGGCUCUUGAGUUCCAACAGUGGACUCUUCACAGACAUCUUCAGCUGAGGGGCUAAGGGGCGGAGCCUGAGAGUCGAAGGGGGAGGAGCCCCAGUGUUGAAGCGGCUAGCCUGCCACUCCUUGCCUAAUUUUGGAAUAAACCAUUUGUGAUUGGGCUGGCUCUGUGUGGAUGGGAUGACCGCUAGAAAGGCGGGAGGAUCAGAAAGAAAGGGAGAAAUUAAGUGUACAAUUGUAUGUCUAGACACCUUAGAACAAUCUGGAAUAUAUUGUACAAGUUCAACUGCCUAGGUAUCAGAUAAAAAUAAGGUAAAAUUGGUGCUUUGGCGUUGUAGAGAACUUUCAGAAACAACUGCAGUAUUAAGAGGGGGAAUCCAUAUCUUGGAGAUAUUCUGUCUACUUAGUACUCAGCUGCCUCCCGUACUCACUUCUACCACGCUUAAGGGAUAAAAACAAAAAAACAAAAAAAAAAACCCAGCUCAAUUCUCUUUCCUUGGUCAUCCCCACUUCCCUCUUCAGUAAAUGUGAGAAAAAAAAAUUGCAGUAUGACGUCACAGUUCCUAUAGGCUUUCUAGAGAUUCUGAAUUUUUAUGUACAGUCGUAAGUCAUUUUUAAUAAAUGUGGUUCAAUAAGGGAACGGGUA